AUGGCUCCAUCUCCGGAAGGGGUUUCCGUCGUUCUCGGCGCUCAAUGGGGUGACGAAGGUAAAGGCAAACUUGUCGAUAUCCUCGCUGCUGAAGCAGAUAUCUGCGCACGAUGUGCUGGUGGUAACAACGCCGGUCACACUAUCGUCGUAAGAAAUGCUAAAGGAGAAAAGACAAGUUACGCUUUCAACCUUUUGCCCUCUGGUUUAAUCAAUCCUACAUGUACUGCAUUCAUCGGUUCAGGUGUGGUCGUUCACGUUCCAUCUCUUUUCAAUGAACUCGAUACCCUCGAGCGAAAAGGCCUCAAGGUCGCUGAUCGACUCAAGAUCUCGGACCGAGCUCAUCUCGUUUUGGGUUUCCAUCAAAUCGUUGACGGUCUCAAAGAAAUUGAAUUAGGAGGUUCUUCAAUCGGUACCACCAGGAAAGGUAUCGGACCCGCUUAUUCCUCCAAAGCUUCUCGAUCAGGUUUGAGAGUUCAUCAUCUCUAUGAUCCAAGUUUCCCUGAGAAGUUCAGGAAGUUGGUCGAAGGUAGAUUCAAGAGAUAUGGUCAUUUCGAAUUUGACACAGAAGGUGAAAUUGAGAUGUACUUGGCAUUCGCUGAAAGACUUCGACCGUAUAUCGUUGAUGGACCUACAUACAUGUUCAACGCCUUGCAAUCCGGCAAAAAGAUCCUUGUCGAAGGCGCAAAUGCUCUAAUGCUUGAUAUCGACUACGGGACCUAUCCAUUCGUAACUUCUUCAGCUACUUCUAUCGGUGGUGUUGUCACUGGUCUUGGUAUCCCUACAUUCGCAAUCAAGAAAGUUGUCGGUGUAAUCAAAGCUUAUACAACUCGAGUUGGAGGUGGACCAUUCCCAACUGAACAACUCAACACUAUCGGUGAAACUCUUCAAGAAGUAGGUGCUGAAUACGGUACUGUCACUGGAAGAAGAAGACGAUGUGGUUGGUUAGAUUUGGUUGUCAUGAAAUAUUCAACUAUGAUCAACGGUUACACUUCCCUCAACUUGACUAAGCUUGAUGUUCUUGAUGCCUUUGAGGAAAUCAAGGUCGCCACCGGAUACAAGAUUGAUGGGGCUGUCAUUGAAGGUUUCCCUGCCGAUCUUGAUCGUCUCGCUCAAGUCGAAGUCCAGUACGACACUUUACCCGGAUGGAAGACUGACAUCUCAAACUGUAAGACAUACGAAGAACUCCCCGACAAUGCCAAGAGUUAUAUCAAAUACAUCGAAGACUACUUGGGUGUCAAAGUACAAUACGUUGGUGUAGGUCCGGGUAGAGAUCAAAAUUUGAUUCUGUUCUAG